GUGCAGAGUGGGGAGCCUACUGGUGCCAAGGACCUGUAGCAUCUGGUGGUGGUGGUGAUGGUGGUGGUGUGAGGUCGUUACAAUACUCACCACAGCUGUACAGUGUCUGGUGCAACAACACAUGUGAACAACAAGUGUGUCUUAUGAGUGAUAUAGACAACAUGGGCGAUGCUCAUGUGACUCGUCCACCACCCCGGCCUGGGAGCUUGGAGGAGAGGAAAGCUAUGUUGGACAGUAAGAUGACCAGCGACAAAACCCAGGAUAUUACCCAGGAUCAGCCAUUUGCCCUCCGUCACAGCAGCCUGACAGAGAAGAAACAGCUAUAUGACCAAAAGGUGAAGGUACACAGUGCUAAGAUGGGCGCCAAUCCCUUCAGUGGCUCCUUUAAAAACACUCCUAAGACCACAUUAUCCCGCGACGACCCUAACUACGGCAAACCCGUGACAGGGAGCAAGUCAGAGAGGCGCGGGAAGAAUGCUGCCAGACACAUCAAUGCCGAGGUGGUAUUCCUCUGUGACAUGAUCUACCAGGAGGGGCACGCAUAUGAGGAUGGUACCGCGGUCAUUUCCUUCGGCGAUCUAUUCCAGAUCUACACACGUAUCUCCAACAAGGUGGUGGGAAUGCUACUGAGAGCUCGCAAGUACGGCCUGGUGGAGUUUGAGGGCGAGAUGCUGUUUCAGCGACGUGAUGAUGACGUGCCUAUCGCGCUGGUGAAGCCUAUUCAAGAGAUCCGUGACGAACUACACAAAGAUCAAGAGUUCGAAGUUGGCGUCUGUCACAAGGCCGACUCCCGCUAAGCUCUCAGUAUCACCCAGCUCUCAGUAUGAAUGUAUGCAAGGCGUAUGAACGUACAGUAUAUGUCAAGAUGCAGGUGUGCAGGUGUAAGUGGUGGUAGCCAGGUGUGAGGACGAGGAAAAAACGAACCUUGGAUAACGUGUAGUGGCUAGGAUAAUCACACCUUAAGGCCGUUCGGUUAACAUGUAUUGCGUCAAUUUUUGCGGCAUUAUACAAGGCUAAAGAAAAGCGUUCAAUCUGCAUAAACAUGACUAACACGCACACACACUCACAUGAUCUUUCUAUUAUGCUCUGUUGUGAGGGCGCUUUAACAUACAAAAACAUUAUGUGGUAUAUGAGGUGAAGAAUAUUUUUACUUACUGACGAAGAUAUAUAAUGGUAAAGGAAUGUAUAACUUAUUUUUGUGACAUGAUUAACCGUAUUGUAUAAGUUGGAUGAUAUUGGCACAUUACGCUAUCACGUUAAGAAGAUAUUACUGGAUAAAUUACCCUUCGCUUAUUAUGAAUAAAGCCAUUAGUUCAAAGGUGUACAGUGUAGCCUAUUUAGCCCAAGUAUAAAUAUGUGUGAGUUAUAGUGUUUGUCCGUGAAUAAUAUUAUGUAUAAAAUAUUAUUUUGUCUGAACAUAAAUAUACUAAAUAUUUUAA